UAAUAUCAACAUAUAUAGGCUAGAGACCAAAGAGGCCUAAAAUAGCAAACACAGUCCAUGAGUCCCUGUAAACUUCAAAAUGGACCAGAGGAAAGGCCGGAGGUUGAUACUCUUCCCAUAUCCCUUGCAAGGCCAUAUAAACCCUAUGAUUGAGCUGGCCAACAUGCUACACUUCAAAGGCUUCUCCGUAACAAUCAUCCAUACCAACUUCAACUCUCUCAACCCUUCAACCCAUCCAAACUUCACCUUCCACUCAAUCUCAGAUGACUUAUCUGAAAGCGAGGCUGCUGAAGAGGAUAGUCUCCUUGUUCUUUCUUAUCUCAACGCAAAGUGCAGUGAACCUUUCCGGGAAUGCUUGGCCACCUUGUUGUCUAGUGUAACAGAGGAGCCUGUUGCUUGCUUGAUCUGUGACCCACUCUUUGACUUCACUCAGUCAGUUGCUGAGAGCCUCAAGCUCCCAAGGAUUCUGCUAAGGACCAGUGGCGCUUCUUCCACUGCUGUCUAUUCUGCAUUUCCACUCCUGCGGGAAAAGGGUUACAUUCCAAAGCAAGAUUCUCGACUGGAAGAGACGGUGACAGAGCUUUCCCCUGUCAAAGUUAAAGAUCUUCCGAUGAUCCACAGUUCCGACCCAGAAAGAUUUUUCAAAGUAGUACGUGCCUUUACAUCUGAAACCAAGGACUCAUAUGGGUAUAUCUUUAACACCUUUGAAGACCUUGAACAAGAUGCACUGGCCACAAUUCGCAAGGAAUUUCACAUUCCAAUUUUCCCAGUAGGUCCAUUUCACAAGUGUGCCCCAGCAACCAUUUCUACAAAUAGCUUACUAUUACAAGACCGGAGCUGCAUUUCAUGGCUAAACACUCAAUCACCAAAAUCUGUUAUCUAUGUUAGUUUCGGGAGCAUUGCUGCAAUAAACGAAGCUCAGUUUUUGGAGAUAGCCUGGGGACUAGCCAACAGCAAGCAAUCCUUUUUGUGGGUGAUUCGACCCGGGUUAGUUCAAGGUUCAGAAUGGCUAGAACCACUGCCUAGUGGUUUUCUUGAGAGCUUGAAUGGAAUGGGACACAUUGUGAAAUGGGCACCACAAAAAGAGGUGCUUGCCCAUCAAGCUGUUGGAGUAUUUUGGACUCACAGUGGUUGGAAUUCUACAUUGGAGAGCAUCUGCGAGGGAGUCCCUAUGAUUUGUAUUCCAUUUUUUGCUGAUCAAAUGGUGAAUGCAAGAUACGUAAGCGAUGUUUGGAAAGUAGGAUUGCAGCUAGAGGUUGGUAUCAAGAGAGAAGAAAUUGAAAUAGCAAUUAGAAGACUUAUGAUGGAGAAAGAAGGGGAAGAGAUAAGAGAUAGAGUGGCAAAGCUAAAGGAUGAGGCAAAUCUUUGCCUGAGACAAGGCGGCUCUUCAUACCAAUCUUUGAAUGACCUAGUUAAUCACAUUUUAGCAUUAGAAUCAUUUGAAUAAAACUUGAUUGGAAGCCAGUGAUUGAUUAGAAA